AUGCGCGUCGAAUACAUCUGGGCUUUGCUCAUUGCAACCACUGUUGCCAUGCCUCGAGGCACAAUUCAGCAGAUCAACUCCUACCUCCAACGCGACACCCACUUCUUCCGCAUCCAUGGGAGCUCCGAGUUCCACUGGUAUGAAACCCGGGAAAAUCAUGAUGCCGUAAGACUGAUCUCCAAGUGGAAAAUGGAUUGGGGUCUGCGGCUUACAAGCAAGCAGGUUUUGACCGACUAG